CAUUAAUUCCUGUUAAAGUCAAAAAUGAGCAACCGAAAAGUAUCGAGAUCAUCACCGCUUACUCUUCGAACGGAAGUUUCACUUCCAAAGAAAUCUGCGAAGCCUAAAUCGAUUUUAAAGGAGUCUAAAAAGACUCAAAAAACUCUUUAUCCAGUUUAUUACAAUGGAGAGUUGGUAACACCUAAACCGUUAAAUCCCCUAAUUUACCGCGAAGGCAAAGAACGACAGAUAAGUAUAUUAAAUAUAGCAGAUAAUGCGAUUACUACCACGUUUAGUAGUAAAUCAAAGUCUAGUAUUUUUGGAUCGUUUUCGGAGACUUCUUCGAAACUUCAUACGGAAACUUUGGCUAAUAUGGGUUCGACGAAUCUUUAUACAAGUACAAAUAUCGAUAUAGCACUUUUAGAACCGCUAGUUGACAACGAUACGUUAUCGAUUGAGGGAAGUGUGGUGAUUGCGCCUCCGCCCCGAUUAGAACCAAUGCCUUCAAAAGUAAGUUUAACCCUGGUGGAGACCCCAACCAUUUUUCUUUUCGAAUUAAGUAGUAGUACGGCUGAAGCAGACACGGUCGAAGGUGAUUUAGUCGAAUCCGACAACAAAAUGUACGAAUACUUAACAGUGGGAAAAGGAAGAAAUCGCAAAGUGGUUUGUGCCGAAGUUCAAACAAUCCCUGUUUUGCUAAAAACCCGAGAUACAACUGCAGUUAGGUACAGAACUAAAAGUGAUUAUGCUUACGCUUCCGGUUGGGAUAUGUACGACACUUAUAACGAGGUCAAAGACGAAGAUGAGGAAAAUAACAUUCCAUUAGCUGCGAAAGAGAGUGUGCAGGUUUCUAUAGAUAGUUUUCAAGUUCCAUCUGAAGAAAAGCAAAUGAUGGCAUUAGUUAAAACGCCGGAAUUUCUAAACGCUCUUUGUGUCGUUGAAAGAUUAUUGGCGAAUAACAAUUUUAAUGCGCAACAGAAAAGAUUUCGGGGAUUAAGCGAUCCGGAUCCAUUUCGAGAAAAAAUCGAAUAUAAAUAUGAAUUGAAUUUAUUGUGGACUUUUGCAAAUGAAAAAACCGCGGGGAGAUGCGCCACUACGAUGUGUUGGAAUCCUUCGAAUCAAGAUAUUUUAGCUGUUGGGUAUGGAAAGUUUUAUUACUCCGAACGCACCACGGGAUUGGUGAUGAUUUGGAAUAUAAAAAAUCCGGUGCAACCUGAAAGAACGUACAAUUUUUCCGAACCUGUUACAGCUGUAGAUUUCUCAAAGCAACAUCCAAAUGUUUUGGCAAUUGGGUUUUAUGAUGGCACAAUUAAAGUGAUUGAAAUUUCUGAUCACGAGUUAAUGGUAUUAGGGGAAAGUAGCCGAGAAGAUAGUCCCAUAUUCGAACCAAUUUGGCAAUUAACUUGGUAUACAGAUCAAGAUUACUACAAAGGUAUUGAAUUUUUAAUGGUUGCGAGUCAAGAUGGUCGACUUAGUAGAUUUACACUUGAACAAGCUUCUUAUAUGCCAUAUUUUCAUUUGAUGAGAGUCUCACGAGCUGAAGGAAGAAUAAAAGGGUUAAAAUCAACGCGAAAAUGCGUUAUUCCCGGAAUUCCAAUCGCGAGACAUCCCGCCUCUUUAGUUAUGACGGAACAUCCCAUAAAUCCAAAUAUUUAUUACGUCGGAACAUCCGAAGGGGUCAUCCAUAAAUGUUCAAAAAAUUAUUACCAUCAACACUUAGAUUUAUUCUUAGGCCACGAAGGUCCGAUAUAUCAAUUUAAAUUUUCCCCAUUUUGUAAUAAAGUUUUUUUAACGUGCGGAGAUGACUGGGUCGUUAGAAUCUGGGCAGAAGGGAUUUCAACGCCACUUUUGGAACUUGGUAAAACAAUGCUAUCCGUGCAAGGUGCCGAUUGGUGUCCAGCUUUUUCAACGAUAAUCGCCAGCAUAACCGGAAACGACAUUUUUUUGUGGGAUUUACAAAGAAAAGUUUACGCGCCCCAAUCCGUAACAAAAUCGCCUACGAAAGCUCGGUGUACUUUGGUUGAAUUUACACAAAGCGGAAGGUGCCUGGUCGUUGGAGAUAUUGAAGGAAAUAUUAUGAUUUUUUCGUUGGAGGAUAUGCCAUUUCAAGCGUUUUAUCAAGAUAAGUUGCUUACGCAAGCUAUUAAAAGGGAGUUGGUUAUCGUUCCUGAGUUGGCAAGAAAAGUGGAAAAAUUGGAUGGAUUGUCUUAUAAACGUGAAAAGUCUACCAAAAAUUUUCAAUAAUAAAUUACACAUUUUAUUAUGAAACAAAAAAGUGACUAAGUUUGGUUUAGAAGAGGUUGUAUUGGGAAACAUUUUUAUUAAUAAACAAAUAUAUAUUUU